GUCUGCCUUCUUACUAAGCGCGUGUCUGUUAAAUCUGUUGACAUUAUCAGUCCUGGAAAGGAGUAGUUUGUCGAGUGGCUGACUCGUUAGGGUCUAAUUAUGAUUAUAGUGAAACACAAACAUAGCGGAAAUGGUUGACUUGUUUGAAGGGUUGGCGCGAGCUUGACGGCAAGCUUCGACUCGAGGAAGUACUCAGAGAGCUAAUUUCUAUGAUUUUGCCACCAAAAAAAAAACUAAACUUUUACUCGACGACCUAGAAACGGAAAGAUGGCACAAGAAAACAUUUUCCUCUUCGUCCCUAAUUUGAUCGGUUACGCCCGCAUUGUGCUGGCACUGGUGUCCUUCUUCCUGAUGCCGUGUUGCCCAUACCCCGCCUGUUUGUGCUACAUGCUCAGCAGCCUCCUGGACUCCUUUGACGGCCAUGCCGCGCGCGCGCUCAACCAGUGCACGCAGUUCGGCGCCAUGCUGGACAUGCUGACAGAUCGCUGCGCCACGAUGUGCCUGCUGGUUAACCUGGCACUGCUCUACCCGUCCUACACCUUCCUCUUCCAGCUCAGCAUGUGCUUGGACAUCGCCAGCCACUGGCUGCACCUGCACAGCUCGACGGUUAAGGGCUCAGCCAGUCACAAGAGCAUCGACCUGUCUGGAAACCCGCUCCUGCGUGUCUACUACACGAACAAGGUGGUUUUGUUCUUGAUGUGCAUGGGCAACGAGCUCUUUUUCUGCCUGCUCUACAUCCUGCAUCACCUACAACAACCCCCCGCACUGGUGUACUGUGCCCUUGUGGCGAGCGGCGUGGUGUGCGCGCUGAAGUCCUGCAUCAGUGUGGUGCACUUGGUGACGGCCUCUCAGAACAUGGCCGCCAUGGACAUCGCCCAGCGCGCCGUCGCCGCCAGGAAGUCGCAGUGAGAGUGUCCGUCGCGUCGCCGUCUUUUGCGAUUCAGCGGUCGUUUGACCUAAUUCAUCAGAUUGUCAUUUGGAUCGUUUGGAUGCAAUCGACAUUUCUUGCCGGCAUUUUGUUUUUUUGGUGGGGGAGUGGAGGCACCUCUUUUAUCUGAAGCUCGCAUUUUCCGCAAUAGGAAAAACAAUUGUGGAUAAAAAAUAUGUUGGACUGAAGAGCAAAGCGUAAUUGCAUUCCCUUGACCUGCUUGGACAUGUGGGUAAGGAAAUGGAGCACACCUGCACUCUAAAUUGCAAGACAAGCUCCAUUUGUUUACCCACCAUUUCAUUUGGAUUUGGGCACACACAUUCCAGGGUGGAUGAGAAGUAACUCUCUAUUUGGAAGCAGGUGUCUUUUUUUUUUUUCUUAACUGUAAGAAAUUAAUUUGAUAAGAAAGUGGCAAGAUUGGCUUUUGAUUUCCAGUUCCAUGCGGGCACCAGUGUUGGCCACCAUCUUCAACUGAUUUGAUGAGAAACUCUCCUGACUAAACUAAACUCUCCAAAGUACCGGUAGUUGCUGGGUGACUGGAGACGAAAGAAAAAAACAAAAUAUAAA